UGGCAACAUCUAAUUUCUCAACAUGGCGAAUAUUUUCGAAGGUUGUAUGAAGUAUACACCUGAUAACGUUAUGUUAUGAAAUUCUUUACGGGCCAUAUGUCAAGGUAAUGAAUCAAAGAUCUACCUUUAGUCGAACUAAAGAGCCGAGGAGAGAAAAAAUCAUCCGAACUAGACGUGACGACGAUGAACGUUUCCAAGAUGAGCCUCCCACUCGGCGAAAUUCUUCAGAAAGACCAAACACAUCACAUGCGUCUUCUUAUACGCGAUUUAAAGACAAUUUCUCUGAUAAACCUCGCUCAAACAGUCGAGACACUCAAGGGAGUCUUGUGUUUAGGCGACAGGAACGAGGCAAGCUUCAAACCAAUUUUUCGAAGGGUUCCACUGGAGAAGUUUCGCCUGGCCGUGUAUCACACACCGAUUCAAUGAGAAAUGAAAGUUCUGGACGUUCAAAUUAUAUAUCUCAUUAUAACAGGGGUAUCAACAGCCGAGAACGGGACUAUAAUACAAAGCGAUCUGGUUACCUAGACAACAGUCACAUUGUAGAUGAAACUAGGUUAAAGAAUAUUUUGCACCGUUUAUUACGUGAUGAAGAUAAAGAAAGGCAGGCCAGUUUGAUUCGACAACUCAGAUCUAUCUUUGAACAUCCUGAAAAUUUCAAAAUCAUUCAAACCAAUAAAGAUGACAUUUUUUCAACAUUUGAAGAUUUUAUUCAGCUUGGGUUGAACACAGAGUUGAAACAUGAAUUUGUUUUGACAGUUGGAUCUUUAGGCGCUGUUUUGGGUUUUAAAGCAAAAGGGUUGCUUGAAUGGGAAUUUAAUGUCGUAAGUUUAUCUAAGUCUGAGGAAGUGCGAAUUUUAAUUCUGAAGUCACUUCUGGAGAUGUUGAAGAUAGAUGGAGAGAAAAAGAAUAUUUCUGAACUUGUACCUAUGAUCAUGUCUAAAUUGCAAUCUACAUUAGAAGUUGCUGAUGCGCCUGAUAUGUUAAUUGCCAUUGUGAAUGUGAUAACUGAAAUUGCCAAUAAAUAUCCUGAAGUAUUUUCAAAACAUUUCAGUGACACAGUCGAUAUUCUCAUUGGCUGGCACAUUGAUGCUACUCAGCAGCAAUCCGUGAUAGAAUUUACAUCGAAUACUUUGAUUGGAUUUCAGCAUUUUUGGAUAUCAGAUAUCAAUUUCACAAUUACCUUAUUAGGGCAGUUUUUAGAAGACAUGGAAUCAUAUGCUGAAGGCUUGCCUAAGGUUAAACCACAACCUAAAAAGUCAGUUAUGUACCUUAAGGAAUUGGCACAAUCAAAAUUAAAUUCUACUGGAAAUACUGAAAAACCGAAUUCUGCUGAAGAAAAUGUUAGAAAGAUUAAGAGUCUUAUAAGAGUUCUGAUAACUGUAUUGAAGAGUAUAGGCGAUUUAAUUACAAUUGAAGAAAAUGGUCCUAUCACACCUAUGUUUGUUACUGAAAUGCUGAAGAAUUUUUUAAAAUGUGUGAAAAUAACUGUCGGAUACUGUUUUUCCUCAGAUCUAAUAACUUCAGCUAAUGAAUGCUUAGUACUUCUUUUGAGAUUUAAUCAUUCCCAUUCAAAAAAUGCUCUUAAUGAAUUGAUGGUCUACAUUGAAAUGCUGCAAUCCAAGAACAAUGAUUUUGUUUAUGAAUCCCAUGUUGUUUCUAUUCUGUGUGUAAUGAUAAGUUUUGUGAAAGCAGUUGGAACAUAUUUACCUGUUGAAUUUGUUACCCUUAUGUUUUCACCAACUUCAGUAGUAAGAGAACUGCGCCUCUCGCCUUCAGAAAAGAUUCAAAAACUUCUUAUGGAAUUAUAUCAUGUGGUUCUUGCAGUCAAGAAAGUUCAAACGAUGGAAGAGUGUUACAAGUGUAUUUUAUCAGACAUAACAGAGGCUCAUAAUGAGAUUUUGAAAUCAUGCAGUGAAACUCCACAAAAUAUCAUUAAUUUAAAAGUUCAUGAGGUUACUCUCUUAUUAAGUAUUUGUGGUUUAGUUGAAAUUGGGAAUAUAAAACAUUCCUUAAUUGGGAUAUUUGCAUUGAAACCCAGCUUCUUUGAUCUGAUGAUAAAUCACUUAAAACCAACCGAGCCAGAACUUGCCAAAAAUUUCCCUGGUUUACAGGCUUCUAUUUUAUAUACAUUAUACUCUCACUGUCAAAGGCAUUCACAUUAUGUAAAUAAUAGUGCUCUUCUGAAUCCUAAGUCUUCAACAGCUGGAUCUUCUAUGUCAGCUUCUGGUCAUAGCUCACCUAUUAUGACUGAUGUACCACCUCCUUCCCCUAGCAGUGGCAAUCUAGAGAAAAUUAUUCAUCUUUUGAUUGAUCUUUUAGAAGGACAAUACAAUUCAUAUGAUAGCAAACUUCUUGCGGCUAUGUGGACAACUGAAAUUCUUGAACAAAUCCAACCCCAUUUGCCUCGCUUACUUCAGAAUCCUUCUUUUAAUGGUUUAUUACAAGCUACAUUAAAUUCAGGAUUUUCACAUUAUUCUUCUAUUUGUAAAUAUUGCUGCAAAAGCCUUUAUAUCUUUUUGAAAUGGGCUGUCUCUGCAUUGUCAGAUUCCGUUCUUCAGAGGUAUUACGAUUUAUGUAUAUUAAGAUUGAAUAGUCAUGAAGCAGAAGUACAAGAUGAGUUUGUUUCUCUUCUUUCUCUCCUACCCCUGGAUGUUAUUUUAAAAGGUCCAACAGUUAAUCUUUCUAAAGGAGGAUAUCUGCAACCUAGUGCAAAAGAUCAUGAAUCGUCCUAUAAACCACUGUCUAUUUUAGACAUUUGGACAGUAUUUAGAGGAUACAUGGGUCGAUCAUCAUCUGGAAAUUUCUUUGGCCAUCAUUUUAGAUCAAUAACAAAUUUUAUUUUGCAAGGAAAAGCACCACAGGAAAAGAACUGGCUUUUGCGUUUGUAUAUCAGUUGCCCUCCUCCUGAACGCCGUAGCAGAGUAGAUUCUCUGUUAAGUCAACUGAGUAGUAUAUCUUCUGCUGUCCUGUGGUUUUGGGCUGUUUGGGAAGUUGCUCAGUUUUGUGUUGUUAAUAAAUUACGUACUCCAUUGGGCAAACCACAAGAGACAUUCAUGGCUAUUGAAGGUGCACUAAAAAGUGCUGCAAAGCCAUCUAAAAACCAAGAAGGUUCCUAUAGUGAGUCAAAGCAAGUUACUCUUUUGCGCUAUAAUUUAUUGUUAUCCCUUAUGGAGCAUUUGGAAAAGCACAUGUAUAAUGCUUAUGAAGGCUGUGCUGCUGCAUUACCUUCCCCACCAAAGAAUGUUCGCACAUUUUUUCGCACAAACAAAUCCACCUGUCAUGAAUGGCUAGCUCGUGUACGCUCCACUGCUGUUGUUGUUGCUCUAAAUGCUGGUUGUCCUGCAGCAGCUGUCAGGCAUGGAUUUGAGUUGUUAAAAGAACUAAAAAACAAUGGAAAUACUAUGAAUGCUGAUAUUGAAAGCACUCUCUACGGAAUUGUAAAGGCAUUGAUCCUUUUGCAUAGUCCUGAAGCUAUUUUAGGCCUGUAUAUAUGGUGUAAAGAAAAUUUCAAUCGUAAAUUUACUUGGAUCAAGGCAUCUGUUGAUUGUGCUGCUGGAAGGCUUGAAAAUGCUGUUAAUGAGUAUCUCUGUAUUCUUCAAUCAUUAUCACAUAGCAUGAGCCCAGAAAAGAAAGCUAAACCGACUGAUGAUCUAAAUAAAGCUAAUGAUAAAUUAAAAAAUAGUAUUAAUGAACAAGAAGCUCUAGUCACUAAAGUAAAUGGAAAUGACAUUGGCUCAAAUAAACAUCAGAUUGAUGUUCACUUGCAUUCAUUUCUUAUUAAUCAGGUAAUCGAUUGUUAUGUCAAAUUACAAAGCUGGCCAGAAGCUGUGAAAUGGUCUGAAUUCUUAGAAAAUGUAAAAUUCCAUCAAAAUGGCUUAAGUAUUCAAGGAUCGAGUUCUAGUAACAAUUUAGCCUACUUAAGAUGUUUAUCAUCUUUUGAAGAAAGUUCGACAGCUUUUUCUAAAAAAGAUGCUACGACUCUGGUGAAUAAUUUAACUAAUUCUGAAUCUCAAACUAAUUCCUUGUGGACAAUGGAAGAACAAUUUAGUAAAGUUCAAAAAACUAUCAUGUGUGUGGCCAUCAAUGCAGAAGCCAAAAGCAGAUCUUCAGAAUUCUUAAGAGAUAUGUCAGAGCAAAUAAAUGAAGCCAAGGGGGAUGUUUUGAAAUUAAUGAAGAUUCCUACAUUAAAUUGGCCUCCACAAAUUGAUGCUAGUCAAGCAAGUUUAUUUCUCUCUGCAUCAACAUUUCAAUUUAAUAAGAUUAGCUCAGCUUUAUUACGUGAAAAUGUCAAAUUUGAUCCAUCUGAUUGCUAUAGUUCUGUAUUAGGAUUUUUGUUAAACUGGGAAAACAUCUGGCUACGAAUGAAUCAGUCAUCUCCAUCAGGAAAGCUGCAAGGUAGUUUCUUUGAUCUCCUUAUGGUUACUGCUAGACUUGCAAGAAAGCAACAGAAUUUCAACAUGUGUCAUAAACUGAUAUUUAAGGCUUUAAACCAUUUGUGCAAACAUUCUCCCAAUUAUGAAUCAAGAGAAUUGAAUUUUCCAAAUAACUACGAUAUAUGCAAUUUGGAUUCUUUGAAAAGCAUGAUGGCGAAAACUGCAAAUUGGAAUCUUAGUGAAAAACUUAUCAAAAUCCAGAGGGAAAGUGCAAAAUUGCUUCAUUGUGCUGGAGAAUAUGAAAGCUCUUGUGAUUUGCUUCUAAAAAGUAUUUGCGUACUUUCUUGCCACUUGAUGCAAUUAAAAUGUUCAAAUAUUUCAGAAGAACCAAUUGAUCAACUAUCUGAGUUGAACUCUAGGUCUAUGCUGAAUCUUGUCAAAUACAUUCAUCAUGAUACUAGACUGAAUUCUCAAGACAAUUCUGAAUUGUGUGCAUUUAAAGAAACAGCAUGGUACUCAUUAUUGAAAAACACAAUAAAGGACUUAAAACCACUUAAUUCAGCCAGCCUGUGCAAACACUUUGAAAAGGGUUUACCCCAUGAAAAAGUCGUGAAUGAACCCGAUUAUCUUGUGGGUCAACUUUUGGAAUUAAGUGUUUACCAGUGUCCAAAUCUUGCUAAAUCAUGGUGCAAUUUUGCUUCUUGGUGUUAUGGUCAUGGAAGAAAAGUGGUUAACACUGCUUGCAAUGGGUCUUUACAUAUUCUUCCUGAGGAAAAAGAAAGGAUUUUAUCAUUAAUACCAAAUGUCCAUAAGGAAGAUUUUGAUGCAUUAUUGGGCAUUAUCACUAGUCUACAUAAUGCUUCUGGUAGUGAAUGGGAUAACCAAGAAAUGGAUUACACAGAAAGUGGUGUAGAAGAAAUUAGAUGGCAGCUAAUGGCUCACUGUCCCUUCCUUUUGAAAUUAGAAAAUCAAGAAACAAUUAUUGAAAGUAUUAUAGAUGUGUGGAAAGGUCUUGUGAGUCGGGCUUAUUCAUAUUAUCGAAUUGCUGCUGUGUCUUACUUGCAGUAUCUAAAAUUAAAUGGGAAGGCUGUAAAUAAAGAAAAGACGGAAGAUGACAAUGUAACAGCAACUUUGCGUUUGCUGAGAUUAGUUGUGAAGCAUGCCUCAGAGCUUAGAGAUGUAUUAGAAGAUGGAUUGGCUGAAACACCUACUGCUCCUUGGAGAGGAAUAAUACCUCAACUCUUUUCUCGUCUCAAUCACCCAGAAAUGUAUGUGCGACAAAGCAUUUCAGAUCUCUUGUGUCGGGUUGCACAAGCUGCUCCUCAUCUUAUUGUUUUCCCAGCUGUUGUUGGCUCACUUACGUUAAAAGUGGGUCCUCAGUUUCGAGAAGAAGCAUCAGGUUUGUUUGGUGCAUAUUUCUCCGAUGCUGUAGAGGAUGCUGCAGAAUCUCAAGUUGAAAACAGUCAGGUAUCAGCUGCAGACGAAUUGCCACAUCCAAUAAGUUCAUUGUCUGAUGAUGAUUCUGAAGAUGACAGGCAAAAGACUGCUAUCAUGCAAAAUUGCUUUACUGCAUUGGUUGAGACAUUGGGCAGUCAAGAUGAGAGAACAAUAUCUGAAGCUAAGAAUUUGAUUCAUGAAUUGCACAGAAUAACUUUACUGUGGGAUGAAUUGUGGUUAGGUACUAUGAACAUGCACCAAAGUGAAGUAAAUAGGCGAUUUUUGAAUUUAGAAAAAGAAAUAUCCAAAGUCAUGAGCAAUCAGUUUUUAAGCAAAGAGGAGAAAAGAGAAAUAAUAAAAGAAAAACAUAAUGUUUACGUGAAACCAACACUUUAUUUACUUGAACAGUUGCAAACUAUAACAAGUCAACCUGCUGAAACACCACAUGAACAGUGGUUUCAAAAAACAUUUGAAAAGCCGAUAGAAAAUGCAAUGAAUAAAUUAAAAAAUCCUGAAGAUCCCUCGAGGCCACAAGAAAGUUGGGCUGUUUUUAAACAACUUUACCAGUUGCUUCAACAGAAGGUACAACAGCAAUCACGUUCUCAUUUAAAUAUGGAGCAAAUUAGUCCUAUUUUAGCAUCAUUAAAAUCAACUGUCAUUCCUAUGCCUGGAAUCAAUAAAGCAUCUGGUGUUGUCACUGUACAGUCAGUGCACAGCACAGUGUCAAUCCUGCCAACUAAAACCAAACCAAAGAAAUUAGCUUUCAUAGGAUCAGAUGGCCACAGGUAUACAUAUUUGUUCAAAGGCCUGGAGGAUCUUCAUUUAGAUGAAAGAAUUAUGCAGUUCUUAUCCAUUGUAAAUAAUAUGUUUGCAAAAAAUAAAAGACAUGGGAAACAAGUAUAUUAUGCUCGACAUUAUUCUGUGACACCCUUAGGGCCUCGAUCAGGCCUUAUCCAGUGGGUGGAUGGAGCAACUCCUCUGUUUGGUCUUUAUAAGAGAUGGCAACAAAGAGAAGCUAGUGCAAGUGGUACUAAAGGACAGAAUUCAAAUGGAAAUGUUGCAACAAUUCUCCGUCCAUCUGAAAUUUUCUAUAAUAAAUUAACUCCACUUUUAAAAGAAAAGAAUAUAAAUUCUUUGGAUAAUCGCAAAGAAUGGCCAUUAUCUGUCCUACUUGAAGUUCUAAAACAGUUAAUGAAUGAAACUGCUGAUGAUUUACUGGCAAAAGAACUCUGGUGUUCAUGUAGCAGUGCUCAAGAAUGGUGGAAUGUUACCUUAACAUAUAAUUAUUCAACUGCUGUUAUGUCCAUAAUUGGUUAUAUAAUUGGUCUUGGAGAUCGUCACUUAGAUAAUGUUCUUGUAGAUUUAUCUACUGGAGAGGUCGUACACAUUGAUUACAAUGUGUGUUUUGAAAAAGGAAAAAAUCUACGAGUUCCAGAAAAAGUACCUUUUAGGAUGACUCCAAAUAUUAAAACUGCUUUAGGCCUUACUGGAGUUGAAGGUGUAUUCAGAACUUCCUGUGAACAUGUCCUGAAGGUUUUACGAAAGGGUAGAGAAACACUGUUGACUUUACUUGAGGCAUUUGUAUAUGAUCCCUUGGUGGAUUGGACUCCUGGUAGUGAAGGCGGGUACACAGGAGCAGUUUAUGGUGGAAGGCAAGCAUGGGCUGCUGAAGCAAAGCAAACACGUCAAGGUAUGGAAUUGGAUAUUGCUUUGUCCAUGUUUGCUAUACGUGUAGCUGAGAUGAAAGGAGAAUGGCUAAAAAAUAGGGAUGAUCUGUUAUCAGCGUUCCCAAAGCUUGAAAAUCUACUUCAAGAAUGGAAGACAGCCCAAAGUGGACUACAAAUUGCAGAAACAGAACUUCAGGAGGCAUGUCAAGAGAAAGCACUGUUAGAAGAAGCCCUUGCAAAUCCUAAUCAUAAUUUAUAUUCUGUACCUGCUAGAUAUGAUGAGACAACCAUUGUGAAAACCACUGUGAAUGCUACAAAAGAAGCUGUGGUUGAGAAACUGGGUGAAUGUAAAAAGUGGCAUGCAUUGCAUUGUGAGGCUUUAUCUAAUGUGUCUGGAUCAGAGCUAAAUAAAAAAUAUGGAGAUGUUUCAAAUGAUCAAAAUUAUGAUACAUUGUCUGUAGCCCCUGUAGUAGAAUUCUUGCAGUCUGCUGGUCAAGGUCAAUUAGUUCAACAAUGUGAGCAUGCUGAGAGUGAACUUGCUAAUACUCUACAACAGCGUCGUCUUACUAUGAGAAAUUGCAUUGAUCUUCUUACUACAUAUGCUACUGUAAUCUUACAGUUUGGGCCUAGUUACAAGGAGCAGAACAGAUGUUUCAAAUGGCAGCAAUGGUUAGAGAGCCUUCUUGCUGAUUUUUCAUCUUUGAAGUGCAUUGAAAUAAUUGCAGACUUCCGAAACCAGUAUGGGCGAGAUAGUACUGAUGCCAUUCAAUCUGCUAUUUCUUUGAAUGUUGAGUUCCAGUCCUUAUUAAAUGAUGCAAACAAAAAAGUUUUAACUUUUAUGGAAAGAAUACGGAUGGAGAGGGUAGAAGAUAAGAAUGCGUUAGCAACAUUUGCAGAAGAGACAAAAUGUGCUGUUUUGCAUUAUCUGACAGAAUCUGGUGAAUCAUGUCAUCUUGCUUUCCUUUGUGUGUUGGGAGAAGCAUUAUGCACCAUUAGAAAGCAGUUGUUCAUGAUGGAAAAUGCAGCAGGAGCUUCUGGUGACAGACUUGUUGACCUGACUUCUUGGAAUGGUGAUUGGUUUUUGGAUGAAAUUUCUAGCACUUGUGCAAAUGUAGCUCAAUAUGUACUGCUUCUUCUAGAUAGCUCUGUGAUAAAAAGCAAUGAAUUAAAAUCAGCUCUGCAAGGUGUAAAAUUGGCACAUAUUGUGUUUCUUGCUUUAGAGGAUUUGAAUUUGCACUUCCAAAAUAUAAUUCUUCCUGAAGCUAUUCAAACUGCUUUAGAACCAUCUGUGAUUGAGAUGGUUGCUAAAUUGGAUAGGAUAAUUGCUCGUUGUGGAAUUCCACUUGAGAAACUGAUUGCUGAUUUGCAGUGUAAUAUAACUAAUCUUAUUCUGGAAACACAAAUUACUGAAAAUAGAGCUGCUGAUACUGUGAAAAAAUUAAGGAAUGAGUUUGAAUCUUUAAUGCAAAGAUCUGAACCUCAAAUAACAGGUCUUAAUCAAGGUCAGAUGCUUUUGAUGGGGUUCAAUGGGUUAUUUACCAAAGUAGAUUCUGAUUUAGAGGCUUUACUCACAUUUUUGGACAAUCUUCUUGUACCAGCCAGCUGGCAAAAGCUGGAUUUUUAUGCGGAUACUAUAUCUCUUGCUCCUUCCAUUCACUAUCUUGGUGCUCGUCCAAUUCUGAAAGAUAUUUAUUUUGUAAAAAAAUUAUCAGCUAUGCAACAAGCUUUUCAUGUCUGCCAUAGUUUUGCUGCUUCCUUACAAAUUAAUUCUAGACCAGGAAUUUUAGAAAGGGAGAUACAUCUGAUUCGUGAUCAACAACUUGUACAACCUGUGAAGCAAUUCAUUGCUGAUUAUGUUUGCCAUAUGGUCCUUGGCUUACCUUCUCAAGCAAUUGGUUUUGCUGUUUGUAUGUUGGUAAAUCACUUAGGUUACGAUUUAUCAUCUGAAAUAGAGUUAAGAGAUAUCGGUGUGGAAAAUAAAGCCCCUACUGAAGAAAUACUAUUGAAAGCUUGCAAAUGGUGCAUUUCAAAACAUUUUUCAGAAGAUCAUCUACCAGCUUUAAGCACUUUACUUGGAGCUUUUGAUGCUGCUUGGCGUAAAGAAGAUUUAGCUAGACGCCUAGAACAAUAUUUAGUUGUUGCCAGAGGAGGUCAACAGAGAGCUCAAUUGCAUCUUGCUCGCUUUCAAUGGUUGAAUGAAGAUCUCUUGAUGCAAGGAAAUAUUGGUGCUUUGCAAAGUCCAUCUGUUUCUUCAAGAGCUACAGUCAUGUCUGAAAUAAGAAAAACUGUCAAUACUUUGGUGACAUUUGAUUGUGUCGUCAGUUCAGCUCAAGAACGAUAUUUGAGUCUCACAUCUGGAAUUGAACAGCGAUUAAAAUGGGCAGCUGGAGCUAAUCCAUCCUUAUCAACCGUCCAAGAAGAGUUUGAAGCUGCUAUUGCUGCUAAAACUGCUAUGAUAUCUAGUGCCAAUCAAAUAUCUAGGGAACUGGUAAAUGUUUGCAACUCAGUUUUACAUUUCGAAGCUCUGCGAACUAAAACAACUGAGGCUCUUUCUUCUGAUAAUACAUUCAUUGCCUUAAUAACCAGAUGUAAAGAGACCUGUGAAUUGGCAGAAAGCUGCCAAAGUCAAAUCAGUCCUAUUGAAGAACAUCUAAUUUCACUACAACCUUUGGAAAAAGACGGAGUUACAACAGACUGGCUUACAUCAAUUAUCAAAAAAGUUUCUCAAUCCCUCAGUUCAUGUAGAGAAAAAUUAGAGCAGCAAAAAACUGCUACAAAUACUUGCUGGGAAGCUUUACAUCUUCAAGUUGCACAUGUUCAUGAUUUGAUCUCUGUGCAUCAUAAACUCAUGUCAGAAGUCAGGCAUAUUCUCAGAAAUCUUGCGAAGCAUGAAGAACAAGAAUUAGGAAUUGAUUAUAAAGCAGAUGGUCAUAUCCAUCGUUAUAUGGCAAUGUACAAAGAGUUUUCUGAACGCAUCUCAGCCAUUGUGAGUAAGCUCCUUGCUGAAGCUCAGGACAUGGAUGCUAACAGUGUGGCAACUGUAGAAGCAGAGAUUCCUGUUCUCAGCGUGAGUGCCCUUGAAAUCUACAACCAACUGUUGGAUUUGGCUGGUCCUUUGGGAAACAGAAAACACGGUCUAACAGAAGCAGAGAGCUCAAAACUGAAUAAUAAAAAAAAUCUUCUAUCACCUCUGUAUGAGCCUGCUUUGGCACUUUCCCCUGCAGUUCGACCUAAAACUCCUCGGGGUGGAACUCCAAAGAAGAUGGCCAUUGCAAGAGAUCCUCGUACUGGAAAAGCUGUUCAAGAGCGAAACACCUAUGCAACGAAUGUUUGGAAGCGUAUAAAAAUGAAAUUAGAUGGAAAAGAUCCUGAUCCCAGUAAGAAGGCCAGCAUUUCAGAGCAGGUUGAUUUUGUCAUCAAAGAGGCGACUCACCUCGAAAACCUGGCUGUUCUGUACGAAGGCUGGACUCCCUGGGUGUGACUUCCACAUUGCAAUACCUCCUGUGUGGGGUAUCUUGUUUCAUCAGUACCCGAGUAGUGGACAUCUCCACUUCUCUCUCUCAAUGUGGAUGAGCGGGCAUGCUUCUUAUUGUCAUUGUCUCGCCACUCUCAUCCAACGACAGGGCUCUACACCCUCAUCACCACAACCAACACGCGUGCGGCUCCCGUCCGACCAGAGAUCGUCGGCCCGACAGAGGAGCUGCACCAGUUCUUCAGAGCAGUGGGAAUUGCAUCAGUGCAACCAUAUUUCAACAAAAAAUAAAGAACUUUGCUGCAUCUUAGUCUAUCCCCGUCCCUUCUGUUUUACGGCGAUGGAGCGAGAACAGAAUGGGGGUUUUCCCGACUUCAAAGCAAAAUUAUUAUCUUGCAUAUUUUAUAAGAUCUAAUUUUGUUUAAUUUCUUUUUUUAAACUCCUUAUUCUGCUCUUUAAUUUUUUAAAAAAACUUUUCACAUGCAUUGAUCUAGGCGAUUAUUCAUUUAUAAAUUGUCCUCAAAUUGCUCAUUUUAAAAAUAUUAAUUUUGGAGGGUGAAAUAUUCCUAUAAAUUAAAAAAAAAAAAGAUUUUGAAAUAUUUUGGGUUGAUAUUGGAUAUUUUAAAGAAUCUUUUCUGUAAGUUUUGUGGAAUGUAGGAUACUUUUAGGUGAAAGUGAUUUUACUAUAUUUGAUUUUUUAUAGAGGAGGGGGGAAAGUAUAUUAUCUAUUUGAUUUCCCCUCAUAAUACUGCAUUUUGUAUUUUUAGAAGCAAAUUAUUAUUUCAAAAUUAUAUAUGUGCAAUUCUGAGUAUGAAAUAUUUUUAUGAGCUUUAGGCAAUAAAUGCUUUAAUAUUAAAGACAAGGUUUGUGAAAAAAGAUUGCUGUACUAAAAUUACUUUUUAUUAUAACUUAAUACCUGUGCUUUAAAUAUUGUAACUUCUGCAGUUUUAAUCUUAUUACUUCUAGAUAAUUGCAAUUUUAUCUGUUAUUACUACAUAUUUAGAAAUAAAUAUUUUUAUUUGCUUAGCUGAAUUGUGUUUGUUUUGUGGGUUAAAAUUAAUAAAGUAAUGGUUUUUGAAAUUUGAUGUACAUCUCUUCUGGUGUAAUGUAUUGCUAAUUUAUUUUUUUAAAAAAAGCCUUUCAUUUAUCUAAAUUUCUGUAAUACCUUUGAAUACUUUUGUUUAAAGAGUUAUACUUAACUGAUAUUUUUCUUUUGAAGUAAAGUUUUGGGAAAAGUUGUAUUAUAUUGUAAAUUAUCUAAUCUGUAAGUAAACAAGAAAUAUUUACUUUUCUAUCAUAAAUUAAAUUUCAUUUUAGUUUUUUCACUUUCAAAUUUUAAUAAGAUUCAUUAUAAUAAUGCAAGAUAUUAACAAAUUAUUUUUCACUCAAUCUUAAGGAAAAGUUGAUUUCAGGUCUAAUUUAACAGGUCCAUGACUUAUUUAUACAAAUUUUGAAUUUGAAUAAAAAUUUAAUUUCCCCAUUUAUCAUAUGCCAUGGAUUUUUUUUUUUAAAGUAAUAGAUUGGUUUGAAACUGAUUUUUAAGAACUUAUUUGACUAAUUUCUAUUUUGCACAAAAAAAAUGCUUUUGUUACUCAGCUUUUGCUUCAUAAUUGUUUUCAGUGAUACUGUACACCAUUGUUUGUGGUUUUUUUGAAGUGUUAGUAGUUUUUUACUACUGUAUUUCUUUUUUGUUUUGUUUUUUAAUUCAUAGUGUCUUUAAAUUUUGAUAUUCUGUCCAUAUUUUGUCCUGAGUUGAGUAAACUUAAGGGUCCCAUUUAUGUUUAAUUUUUGCAGCGAUAGAUUUUUUUAAAAAGAGUUUUAUGUAACAAAUGUAUACCAUCAAGAAGACGAAAAGUUACGAAAUAUUAGAGAAGUAAGGACAUUUCAGUCGGCUAUUUGAAGGGAAAUAAAAUGAAGUAAAUACGUAAUUAAUGUGUAAAAACUUUCUCUUUCAUGUGUUUUGUUUGUUGUGGUUGUUCACUUUUGUAGAAAAGAAUUUCUAGUGUACUAUAAUUUCUAAUUCUAUAGAUGUGUUUAGAAUUUCUUUCUUUGAUAAUCUAAGCAAGACUUUACGAUUUAAGAGUGAUUUGCUGUGCUAUAUUGCACAUUGAGUGUUUUUUGUCCUGUGAAACGUAUUGGUCAAAUGUAAUUUCUGUAGAUGGAUAUAAAUUUAUCACAUCUUCCGUCAUUACAUAUAUUGUAAUUGUGGGUUGUUUGGGAUUGUUCUGUAUGUCUGAUUUGAAAAAUAAAUUAUUCAUCUCA